GAGAGAGAGAGAGAGAGAGAGAGAGAGAGAGAGUGCUUUUUCACGGAUUGAAGUGCAGCCCAUUGGGUCCGGAGCAGCGCCGUUACUCUCCAGUAUCUGAUCCCAGGUCAGGUAGAACAGGAUGGGACCAUGUCUCUAGGCGGGGCUUAAAAGUUUGGGGACUUCGUUCGAAAACUACAUUCAACAGAGUUGUGUCCUCUCACCGGGGAGACUGCCCAAGCCGACGCACUCGGACUUUGCGUUUAGAAUAAACUCAGAUGCACCAAAACCGUCCUGCAACAAGCUCGUCAUGGGUCUGUUCAAGUUUCUGUGUGCGAUCAUAACCAGAGCGUUAUUCAUUCUGGUCUCUCUGACCGGGGUCUGGAGGGUGACACGGGUGAAGGAGGACCCCUACUACUGGUUACUCACUUGCCUCUUCUUACCCCUUGUCGCUGAAAUGGUCAUAACGCUGAGGAGGAGAAAAGGACAAGACUACAAAUGGUUUUCGCCCCCCAUCUUUCUUUUCCUUAUCAGUAUCAUCCCCUCCAUCUGGAUCCUGGAGCUCCACUACCAGCAGGACAAAGCCAGUGACACUCAGUGCAAAAAGCUUGACUCGUGGGAGAAUAUGCGCAAUGUAAUCACUUUUAACGAGACCCAGGGAAACCUUAAGAACUUCAACCAGGUGUUAUCAGCUGUCUGCUCCAACGACUGGAUCCUGGCUCUUCAUCAGAUCCUGCUCAUCCUCCUCAUUGUGGGAAAGUGGCUUCUUCCUCUGGGAGGCGGGGUCACACGUGACGAGCUAUCGCAGCUCCUGCUCAUUUUCGUCGGCACUGCUGCAGACAUCCUGGAAUUCACCAGUGAGACGCUGUCAGAUGUUAAAGAGAACAGUCCCCAGCUGGUCUACAUCAUCCUAGCUGUAUGGACUUGGAGCAUGCUGCAGUUCCCCCUACAUCUGGCAGUGGUGAACUCCAAACCAGACAAUGAGGGUGAGCUGGGGGCCAAGGAGGUUUCCCUUCUGAUCAAACACAGCACCGACAUAUGGAACAUCGUGAUGGCCUUGUUUAUCCAGGACGGACCUUUCCUGGUUGUCAGGCUCACUGUCAUGACUUACUUUGAUGUCGUCCACCAGAUGCUGGUUUUCUUCGCCAUCAAGAACUUCAUGGUGGUCAUACUAAACUUGUACAGGUUGGCUAUAAUAUGCCUGGACUUCCGACCCUCCAGCAGCAGCACAGGCACCAGCGAGGUCAACACUGUCCUCGAACUUUGACGAUUCAGGGAGAGGGAGAGAUGUUACUGCCAAAGCUUUGCAGCUAUAGUGAACUGGUGAUAACAACCUUUGGGGCAGGAAAAGAGGGAAAUACUUGCCCUCUUUUUACUUUUUACAAUGUACUCAGAUCUGUGGAAUUACUUAGUUGUGAAAAAUUAAUGCUUUAGGAGCAGAAAAGUGCUAUCACACAUUUUCUUACACUUUCAAUGGGAUGAAGUCUGACUCAUUUCAGAGGUCAUAUUUUACCCCAGUCACAUGUCAGUCUCCCAGGAGCUAACCUCAGUGAGCUUGGUGAGAACUCCACCCUUUAUUCAGUAUUUGAAUGUGACAUCGCACACAUGCAUGAUGAAAUCUGGGGACACCAAGGAAGGAAGCAGGGCAGGGAAGAAGGAAUUGGGGUUAAGUGAAAAAAUACUAUAAUAUGGUGCAGCGUGAACUGAUGAACUGAUGAUGAUUUUACCGAACCUGUCAGCUGAAUGAAUCAAAUGAAAGCAGUCUCAGUACAACACCGUCAGUAACAGAAGGCAUCGACUACUAAUUUAUAGGAGCCCAUUUCUCCUACUGACUUCAAUCUAGCAUCAAUUUUAAUUUGGACUAUUUUAUUCUACUUCUUUAUUCCAGUUUGUGAGAAAAGCUUUUAUUGAAGCCCUCUUCUAGUGCAACAUCUUAAACUGCUCUUUUAUUUUUUCUCCUGGCCUGACUUUAUUUGACUGAAGUAAUCAUCUUUUCAGAUAUCAGAAAGACCCCAAAGAGAAAGUGACCUGCUUUUAACUAGGUCACUUCAACAUCAGUAGUUACAAGAUCAAAUUCAUUUUUAUGUCAGGCUUUGGCAAAUUAAUACUUAAAAUUCUCUUUUUAAUCCUAAAGGGGCAUUCAUGAAAAUAUUUUAUCUCCAAACAAGAUGAGGUUUUUUUUCUGAUGAAGCAAAGAACAGUCUGUUGUAAGCAGGAUUAGUUUCCUCCGGAACAUUUCCUUUACAGAAAAUUCUGCUGUCUAGGUUGGGUGGAAGUGAGAACAGAGAGAAGAGGAAGCGGGGAAGACAGAGAGAUACAGUAUAUCCAACCCUGUGACACAAAAGCUUUAAGUGUUGGCACAAUCAAUUUUCCUGUCUCAAGCCAGACAGGAAGUUAAAAAAAACCCUCCCCUGUCACAGGAGGCAGAUAGAAUAAAACAACAUUUGAUGUGGGGAACCAUACAUUCUCAUAUUUAGGAGUUUUCAAUGGUAAAGAAAUGAGGAAGAAAAUUAUAAUCUUUCCUUUUGCUUAACUUUAUUUUGUACCUCUUGAAUCUUUUCUUCUUAAAAGGGAUAGACAUAUGCUAUUUACACACAAAGACAUCUAAUUAGAUACCACAAAGUGAUACUACUUUUACUGAGCUUUGAGCUUCAAAUAUGUGACCUCAUAGACAUGUUUUUGCAUUUCUGCAGUAUCUCUCAAAAGAGAGACAUGAAACAUAAGAUUGCACUCAGGUAAGCAACUCAGUUUGAGUUGUGUGUGUUACCAUUUUAAACUAUUGUUGUUUUUUUUAUUGCCAAAGAAUCAGCAUUAUGACCCCAUGGUUCAUGUGAAGUUGUAAAAACAACCUCAGCACAAAA